GAAAUGGGCUCACCAGCGCAGAUUGCAGCCAGGUACCAAUCUUCAGAACCUAUUUUUGGAGCAGUGGCCACUGGGAUUCUCCAAGAUGCUUUGCUUCACAUGGCCAUGGAGAAUGAGCAGUAUUUGAGUCAGCUGUGUGAUGAAGCAGGCUGCUUUAAAGAGACUUGUAUAGUGGAAUUUGUGUUUCUUUUAUCUGAGAAAUGGAGCCUGACUGAAUCUGCAAGAUACCAAGCAAUAGAGAUAUUUGAAAGGUUCAUGCUCACACUUACUGAAGACUUCUCUAAUUUCACCAGAGCAAAGGUGGAAGAAAGCAGCUGUGCCUCAGUGAAACAACAAAUCAAAGGCAUAUAUGUGCUGCGUCUAGUGUCUUCCGUCCAGAUUGCCAGCAAACUCUCCUUUCACUACAGCAUAGUUAACAACAACACGGUUCUGGAAUUUCUGAAGUCUUUGGGUUUGUCCUAUACAACAGAAGAACUCCUGGAAUCAGAAUUGGCUAUUCUGAAGGCUCUGCAUUUCCAGAUCAAUGUUCCAGCCCCUUUUGCUUAUGUUGAAAUGCUAUUGGAGGUUUUAAGAUACAAUGGCUACUUGCUUCCCACAAGAGAGCUGCAUGACAUGUGCAGACAUUUGCUGGUUUUAACAUACCUCUUGAGGAGCAGCAUUUAUGACACCUUGCUAAAGGCGUCAAUUGAAACUUCUUCACCAAGCGAGCUUCAGCUAGCCAAGUUUGUGCCUGUAAAGGAAGAUCUCAUGCUACUGGCUGUGGGAGUUAUUGGAGGAAGCUCUUUCUUGCUGAACCCUGAGGGCUGGAAUCAGGUUAUGGAGUACCUCAGUGACACCACAGGCAUUAGUCUGCAGAGCAUUAUUGAGGCAGUCUACGCAAUUCUGAAGCACAGUGUUGGCAGCGCUGUGGAUGAUUACUAAAUC